AUGAUUGUAAAAAAAUCAUUACCAGAAGACGAUAAUGAUGAACAAAUCAUUAUUAUUUGUUUUCAUCCAAAUAAUCAAAUCGAAGAUAUGAAGAAACAAUUGAAUCAAAUGAAUAAUCAUGUUGUUUUUCAUACCGAAUUGGAAUCAUGCAUUUCUUUCAUUCAAUCAAUUAAACAUGAAAAAAGUUUCUUGAUUAUUUUUGAUUCCUAUGUUUGUGAAUUGGUAUCUCAUAUUGAUAUUUUUCAACAAGUACAUUCAAUCUUUAUCUUUUAUACAAAACCUGAAGACUUUAAAUAUUUAUUUCAUGAACAAUUAAAUAUAAUUGGAGUUUAUCAUCGAUUGGAUUUUUUCUAUUCAGCUCUUGAAGAACAAAUUAAUUUAAUAGCUAAACAAUUUUUUCAAUGGACAUUUUAUGAUCAAACAAACUUCUCCAAAAGAGAUUUAUGA